AUGAAGGACAGCCAUGCGAGCAAGCAGGGUUUCGAAAAGGAUUCAGCACGAUUGACCACAUUCACACUGUGUCGAAACUCAUCGAGAUCAAGAGAGUACAAGAUGAUGCUUUGUCUCAUCUUCAUCGACUUGAAGAAGGCCUUUGAUCCAGUUGAGAUGGAAGCGGUCGUAGAAGCCUUGGACAACCAAGGCGUCCCUACUCAGUACAUAAAGGUACUUCGAGAGUUGUACAGUAACUUCACGACCGGAAUUUUGCCAUUCUACAAGAUCAUCAUUGACGUGAAGAGGGGGUCCGACAGCGUGAUACAAUUUCAUCCAAAAUAUUCACAGAACGCAAUGCGAAAGUUGGAAUGGGACGACAUGGGAGUGAAGGUUGAUGGUGGGCAGCUACACCAUUUGCGCUUUGCUGAUCGGUCUUCAGCGGAAUCUGUUAUCGUACUGAUAACACCUAGCAUCAGCCAAGCGGAACGAAUGCUGAUCGAAUUCGACGAAACAUGUGGAUGCAUCGGUCUUCAGCGGAAUCUGCAAAAGACGAUGUUCAUGCGGAACGGAUGGAUCUCGGAUACCCCAUUCACGCUCAACGGAACGAACAUAUCCGAAUGCACCAGCUAUGUUUAUCUGGGUCGGGAAUUGAACAUGAUGAACGACCUGACCCCCGAGCUGGGCAGAAGGAGACGAGUGGCUUGGGGAGCGUACAAGAGCAUCGAGGAUGUAGUGAAGAAGACCAGGAACACCCGGCUCGGUGCUCACCUCUUCAACACCACCGUGCUUCCUGCUUUGACUUAUGCUUCGGAAACCUGGGCGUUUCGCAAGCAGGAAGAAAACGCGGUGAGCGUCAUUGAACGCGCAAUUGAGAGAGUGAUGCUAGGAGUAUCCCGUUUCGUGCAAGUGAGGGACGGGAUUCGAAGUUCUCUCCUACGUCAGCGAUCGAAGAUUAGAGACGCCGCCGCGUUUGCCAAGGAAAAUAAAAUAAGGUGGGCCGGACACGUGAUGCGCUUUAAUGACAACCGUUGGACCAGAGCCGUGAGCGAUUGGGUUCCCCGCGAUAUUACAUAUUACAUGAUAUUACUACAGGAAGACCGCCGACCCGAUGGUCAGAUUUCUUCACGAAGUCCUUCAAAGAAAAAUAUGAUGCUCUUCGUGUCCCACGCGAAAGGAGGAACCACUGGGGUACUCUGGCACGCGAUCGGGUCAAAUGGAAGAAUUACUGGCGCCCGCUCGACCAGUUCGAAGAUCAACGGAAGUCAUGGUUUCAAUCUUCUUUUUAUCUCUGACAGUGUCAGUGCUGCUGUUCUGCUGCAAAUCCCACCUCACGCCUCAAAGCGGCGCAGCGGUGGCCCUGGCCGUCGGGCAGCUAUGGUGGCGAGACUUCGUCUCGGCAGGUUCAACCAUGCCACAAAGAAGCGACGCGCAUUGUCCUCGCCCGGGCAAUGUGGCAAAUAUGCGAGGGCGGCUAGAGCACGAAGCCGGCCAAAGAAGUUAGUCCGCCAUCGCCAGCAACAUCCAGUGCGUUUGGCAACACUUAACGUUGGGACGCUUACUGGAAGAAGUCGUGAACUGGCAGACAGUCUCAGAAAACGCCGUGUUGACAUAUGUUGUGUACAGGAGACUCGCUGGAAAGGCUCCAAGGCAAGGGAAUUAGGCGAUGGCUACAAGCUGAUCUACCACGGCACAUCAAAUCGCAACGGCGUUGGUAUCAUAUUGAACGAGUCGUUUAGAAAUAGCGUCACAGCGGUGGAUCGACUAUCGGAUCGCUUGAUGGCUGUAAAAGUAGAUACAGGAGAAGUGGAAUUGCGAGUCGUCUCUGCUUAUGCGCCACAGAUGGGCUGUAGUGAAGAAGAGAAGGCGUGCUUUUGGGAAGAUCUGGAGCAGUACGUCCGAUCCCUGGAAAGCGAAGAAGUACUUUUAAUCGGAGGAGACUUCAACGGACAUGUCGGUUCCCGGAAAGACGGAUUCGAGAGUUGUCAUGGUGGAUACGGCUAUGGAGCUCGUAACGACGACGGGUUGCGAAUCCUGGAGUAUGCUGUUGCAAGUGACUUGAUCAUUGCUAACACGCAGUAUCGGAAAAGAAAAUCGCAUUUGAUCACGUACACCAGCGGCGGUCGUGAAACACAAAUAGAUUUUUGGAUGUUACGCCGACGAGAUUGCCGACUUCUGCAGGAUUCAAAAGUCAUCCCUACAGAUCAUGUCGCUGCCCAACACCAUCUGCUCGUUAUGGACUUAAAAAUCUCCCGUCCAAGGAAGAGACAUCCAAGAACCGAAACACAGCGCAUCAAAUGGUGGAAUCUGAAGGAUCGAAAGGAGGUAUUUUUCGCGUCCGUGGCUCCAUCUACACUUCCCCACCCUACUCGUAGUGUGGAGGAAAUGUGGUUGUCUACUUCCAGCGUUAUACGCUUGACCGCGGAAAACACUCUGGGAAAAACUACUCUAGGUAAGCCAAAGGUACGAAAGGCUACGUGGUUUUGGAACGAGGAAGUUCAGGCGGCAAUUCGUGAGAAGAAGUCUAAGUAUAAGCUCUGGUGCAGGACACGUCAGCCUGAAGAUCGGGGUGCUUACCUAGCGGCGAAAAGGGAGGCUAAGAAGGCAGUUUCCAAGGCGAAAUCGGACCGCUACAAGGCUGUGUACGACAUGCUUGAUACCAGAGAAGGCGAGCGGGCAGUGUAUCGUUUAGUCAGAGCACGUCAUCGCUCAACGUUGGAUAUGGAGCACACCAAGAUCGUUAAGGGAGCUGAUGGAGCCGCUCUGGGUCCUGUUCUACCAAUUACUGCCGUCGAAGUCAGUGCUGCCCUCGCAAAAAUGAAGUCGAACAAGGCAACCGGUCCUGAUGACAUACCUGUUGAUAUCUGGAAGCUGCUAGGAGAUCGAGGGUCCAUGUGGCUCGCAACUCUAUUUAACAAGAUCGUUGCAGAAGGACGGACUCCAGACGUUUGGCAAACUUCCGUGACCGUGCCUGUCUGGAAAGGGAAAGGAGACAUUGCUGACUGCACCUCGUACAGGCCUAUACGACUGCUCUGCCAUACGAUGAAGAUUUUUGAGCGUGUCCUGGAAGCUCGUCUGAGGAAAAUUGUUAGCGUUUCACUCAACCAGUGCGGUUUUGUGAAGGACUGCAGCACUAUAGAUGCUAUCCAUGCUGUUCGAAUCCUCCUGGAGAAACAUCGAGAGAAGAACCGCAGUGUGCAUCUUGCUUUUCUCGAUCUCGAGAAAGCUUUCGACCGUGUCCCACAUGAGCUGUUAUGGAUGUCCAUGAGGUCUCAUAGAGUACCAGAAGAAUAUGUGAGGUGGACGAAGCUGUUUUAUGCGAAGCCUACCAGCGUUGUACGAUGUGCUGUUGGAACAAGCAGGCCAUUCCCUGUACGAGUAGGGGUUCAUCAGGGUUCAUCCCUCUCACCUUUGCUGUUCAUACUGUGCAUGGACACGAUAACGAAGGAAAUCCAGAAGCAGCAUCCGUGGACUCUACUCUUUGCCGACGAUGUCAUGCUCGCGUCGAAGUCUCGAGAUGAUCUUCAGAAACAAGUGCAGUCUUGGAAGGAUCAGCUGCAGCAAUAUGGAUUGCGCCUCAACACAUCAAAAACUGAGUACAUGGAGUGCGGACCAAGGAUAGAGGAUGGUUCAAUUCGUGUUGAUGGCACCGAAUUAAACAAGGUGAACUGCUUCAAGUACCUUGGAUCCAAAGUGACUUCCACAGGCGACAUUGAUCAAGAAGGUCGAACACGUGUUAAUGCUGCAUGGAUGAAAUGGAAAAUGGCAACAGGGGUACUGUGCGACAAGAAAGUCCCUGUUCGACUGAAGUCGAAGAUCUACAGGACGGUUGUGCGUCCUGUUGCCCUUUACGGAUGCGAGUGCUGGCCGACAACGAAAGCCUUGGAAAGAGUGCUGCACGCUAUGGAGAUGCGGAUGUUGAGGUGGACGAUAGGUGUGACGCUAAAAGAGAAAGUAUCCAACGACACUGUGCGCUCCAUCUUCGGUGUCGUCCCGAUAACUGAGAAGAUGAAGGAGGCGCGACUGAGAUGGUUUGGACACGUAUUGCGGCGGGAGGAAGAUUCUGUUGCCAAAACCGCUCUGAAGCUCGACGUUUCAGGAGUGAGGCCGCGCGGGAGGCCAAAGAUUCGCUGGUUAGACCGUGUGAAGCUGGAUAUGAUAGAUGCACGUUUGUGUACGGCUGAUGCAAUGGAUAGAACCAAAUGGAAGACAAGAAGCAGAAAAGCGGACCCUGCAACAACGCGGGACAAACGCUAG